UUGACAGUGUUCCCACCACUGCCCUCCCCAUAUCUGUCUUGGAGGUCCUAAUAAAUGGCUGCAUGUUUGUGAACUUAUCAUAUUCCCGUACGCUUGAGUGAAGAGCCCAGAAGGUCAUGGCUUCCAGCUUCUCAGGGCUGAGUCUCCAGCAGAGGAAACAGAAAUGACUGUUGGGGGCCGUGCUCCAGGUCUGUCACGAAGACUGAGCCUUCGCACGGGGCGAGCCUGCUCAGGACAGGAGCGUCUCUCUCUUUGAAGGGCUGUACGUCCGUUACAAAGAAAAUAAAGAUGACGACUUCGUCAAUCAGACGGCAAAUGAAAAACAUUGUGAACAAUUACUCAGAAGCCGAAAUAAAAGUGCGGGAAGCCACCUCCAAUGACCCCUGGGGCCCGUCCAGCUCCCUGAUGACCGAGAUCGCGGACCUGACCUACAAUGUGGUGGCCUUCUCGGAGAUCAUGAGCAUGGUGUGGAAGCGGCUCAAUGACCACGGCAAGAACUGGCGGCACGUGUACAAGGCCCUGACGCUCCUGGACUACCUCAUCAAGACGGGCUCUGAGCGGGUGGCCCAGCAGUGCCGAGAGAACAUCUUUGCCAUCCAGACCCUGAAGGACUUCCAGUACAUUGACCGCGACGGCAAGGACCAGGGCAUCAACGUGCGUGAGAAGUCGAAGCAGCUGGUGGCCCUCCUCAAGGACGAGGAGCGGCUGAAGGCUGAGAGGGUCCAGGCCCUCAAAACCAAAGAGCGCAUGGCCCAGGUUGCCACUGGUGUGAGCAGCAACCAGAUCACCUUUGGCCGCGGCUCCAGCCAGCCCAACCUCUCCACCACCUACUCGGAGCAGGAGUACGGCAAGGCUGGGGGGUCGCCAGCCUCCUACCACGGCUCGCCCGAGACCUCGCUGUGCUCCCAGCACCGCACGGGGGUCCCGCUGGGUCAGAGCGAGGAGCUGCAGCCGCUGAGCCAGCAUCACCCCUUCCUGUCGCACCUGGGGCCGGCCUCCCCCCCAAAUGGUGACUGGUCCCAGCCCUGCCUCACUUGUGACCGCGCAGGCCGAGCCACUUCCCCUCGGGUGUCCUCUGAGCUGGAGCAGGCCCGGCCCCAGACUAGCGGAGAAGAGGAACUGCAGCUGCAGCUGGCGCUUGCCAUGAGCAGAGAAGUAGCUGAGCAGGAAGAGCGCCUCCGGCGGGGUGAUGACCUCAGACUGCAGAUGGCCCUGGAAGAAAGCCGGAGAGACACCGUUAAAGUUCCAAAGAAGCAGGAGCCCAGCUCUUACCCACAGCAAACCACUCUGUUGGAUUUAAUGGAUGCCCUCCCCAGCUCAGGCCCUGCUGCCCAGCAAGCUGAGCCCUGGGGCCCGUCAGCCUCAGCUAACCAGACCAACCCCUGGGGUGGGCCCGCAGCCCCAGCCAGCACUUCGAAUCCCUGGCCAUGCGGUGCCAAGCCAGCUUCCUCUGUGGACCCUUGGGGCGUUCCCCCCGGAGCCAGCACACACUCCAGCUCCACGAGCUCAGAUUCCUGGGCGGCCCCGCAGCAGCCUGCCCAUGGUGCCGAGAGGGCAGCAGACGCCUGGGCAGCAGCCUCUGCCGCGAAGCCUGCGGCCGCCUCUGGGGCCUUCGAUCUCUUCAGUAAUUUGAAUGGGACAAUUAAAGAUGACCUUUCUGAAUUUGACAACCUCCGAACAUCAAAAAACACAGCUGAGGCGGUGGCCUCUCUGCCAUCCCAAAAAAGUGGAACUACAAGCCCUGACCCCUUUGAGUCUCAGCCCCUGACUGUGACCGCAAGCAAGCCCAGCAGCGCCCGGAAAACCCCAGAGUCCUUCCUGGGCCCCAACGCGGCCCUGGUGAACCUGGACUCCCUGGUGACCAGGCCAGCCCCGCCGGCCCCGUCCCUCAACCCUUUCCUGGCACCAGGUGCAGCUGCGGCUUCGGGCCCUGUCAACCCAUUCCAGGUGAACCAGCCCCAGCCGCUGACGCUGAACCAGCUGCGGGGGAGCCCUGUGCUGGGGACCAGCGUGUCCUUCGGGCCUGGCCCAAGUGUGGAGCCCAUGGCUGUGGCCUCCAUGACCUCCACGGCCUCACACCCAGCUCUAGGGGCCAGCAGUUCCUCCCUGGCACCCUUGGGCCCUGCCACAAUGAACAUGGUGGGCAGCGUGGGCAUCCCCCCAACGGCAGCUCAGGCUACUGGCACGACCAACCCUUUCCUUCUCUAGUGCCCAGGCCUGGGACCCACCCAGAGCAAAUGCCCGAGCGCCUGUGCCCAGGACACCAGCCAAGACUCACCGCGGAGCCGUGUCAGGGCCGGGGGUCGGUGCCAAAGGGUCGUCUGUACAGCCCCGUCCUCAGGAGGAGCAGGCGGCGUGCCCACCUUCGGGUGCCUGCUCACCCUGACCCAGCCCGGGCACCUCCCCUCCCACGUGCCGGGUCCUGGCUGGGGGGCCGCCCGGCUCUGAGGGCCGUGGUCGGGGCAGGGGUCCUUGGUGUUGCCCUGCCGUUAGCCUCAGCCCGGGGCCUCGGGGACACGGCCCCGCCCAGGCCCCGGGACGGCGCCCUGUCUUCGCCUCCCCCAGCCCGCGGCUCAGGUGGGGCGGAAGGAAGUGCCGGCUCCACUAGACGCCCACCUUCAGGGAAGGGGUUGUGCAUCUUUUUCUUGGACUCGUGUGAGUCAAGCAAACACCUGGGACGGCCCGCGUGCAGGCCGCUAGAGGAGCUUUCAACUGACCUGAGCACCACCCUCCACGCUCGAGGCUUGUGUAUGUUUGCACAUGUUUUGUUUAGUACAGUCUCAUAUUUGAGUUUGCAGAAUUAUCUAACAGUCUUUUUUGGCUAAUAUUUUUAUAACGUGGUUCUUAUUUAACUGUCUAGUUUUGAUAGAAUUUACCAAGUCUGACUGAAUUAAGAUAUUGGCACAUGUUAUGUUAGUAGUUUAAAUUCUCUUAUUUAUGGUUUUAACUCUAUAAGAAAAUUUAAAUAGGAAGAGACAAAAAAAUGCCUUAUGGAAAACUAAAGUAAAUUCUUUAUAGAAAAAAAAUUUGAGAGUUUGAUUACACUUAAAUGAUGUUUAUUUAAAAAAACACUACAACAACAGAAAACUCUAGCCUCCAGUUGCCUUUUCCUUUAAUUCCCUUUUUUGGUGAAUUCCCAAACUGAUUAACUUUCAGCCUUUUUGGCUAGAUGCUAAGAAAGAACUAUUUUUCUUACUGAUACACCAGCAUCAAGAAAGUUAAAGAAAAAAUCUAAAGUUUGAAUGUGA